AUGUCCGCUGGUCAAAUCGCGGCGGGACUCGUACUGUCUGUGAUCAUCGUCCUCACCGUGGCGGGCAACGUGCUCGUGUUCCUGGCUGUGAUAUCCCACAGGAAACUCAGGUACGUCUCCAACUACUUCAUCGUGUCGCUGAGCGUCGCCGACAUCCUCGUGGCCAUCCUUGUGAUGAUCCCCGCCACGCUCAACGAGACGCUCCUCCAGUGGGUCCUCGGCGUCACCAUGUGCUCCAUCUGGGCAUCCUGUGACGUCAUGCUGUGCAGUGCGUCCAUCCUGAACGUGUGUCUGAUAAGCCUCGAUAGGUAUAUGGCCAUCAUGACGCCACUGCGUUACAACACUCUGAUGACGCACAAACGCGCCCUGCUGCUGAUCGCUGCUGUCUGGAUGAUCGCCAUACUGACGUCAUUCGUUCCAAUUCAGAAUGGGUGGCACAACGUGGACGUGCCGUCCUUAGUGAACCUGACGCUUUUCAGUGAACAGCCGCAGUGUUUGUUCAUCGUAAGUUUCCCGUAUGCUAUAACAGUGUCCACAGUUACUGUUUUACUGCCUAUUAUUAUAGCGUUUGUCUUGUACUACAGAGUUUCGAAAGAGGCACAAAGACAGGCGUUUUUUGUUGGAACUUUAAUAGCUCCAAGCCGACUGUUGUUGGGUAAAGACAUGUCUGCUAAAAGCAUGCGAGAACCCUACACGACAAAAGCUACCGUCACGUUAGGGGUUAUCGUAGGGGCAUACGUCUUCACGUGGACUCCAUUCCUUGUGGUCAACCUCACAGACUCGUUUUGCCGCUGUAUACCUCCAAAGUUAUUCAUUGGGUUUGUGUGGCUGGGAUACUGCAACAGUCUUAUAAACCCCAUCAUUUACCCCUUGUUUAUGAGAGACUUCAGAAAGGUCUACGUAAGAUUGUUUCACGGAUGCUGUGCGAAGUUACGGUUCUGGAAAAACUCUUCCAAAGUUGACGCGAACUCAUUGUGAACUGAAUUCUUUGAUCAUCAGGUGUCAUGCAAAAUCAAGAAAGGUCUAGACGAAAUGGAUUAAAAGUCUAGAACUCUAAUGGUAUUAAUCUUAAUGUUUAUUCAUAUUUGUGUUACUCGAGGAUGUACAGAGAAUAACUUUGAGAUAAAACUGAAAAAAUAUGAAGUCCUAAAUGUUCAUGUAAAUAUUAUUAUUAAAUCGAUUUGGCUGUGUUAAGAUCUUAGUGGAUAGUGGUUAUACAUUUACUAUGUAAAAGUCAGUGAUGAAAGUGGAGAUUUGUUUGAGCGUAUUUUCAUAUUUCACUUAUGAAAGUAUAUUGAAAGAUUUGGCAAGCAGACCAUACCAGAACUAUUGUGCAAGCGGCAAAGGUUCUGCAUCCCGCCAUCGUCCAGGAUGAAGACAGUACUUAGCUAAACUAGUUUGUUAAACGACGUGUGACAUAACUCUUUUUUUGUGAUCAAGUAAGGCACAUUUUCUAAGUAGUUAACUGACUAUUAUAAUUAGAAAACAAAUUAAUACAGUUGAAA